AUGGGCGGUAUGACGGUCCCGCUCCGCAAGCCGCAGUGGCCCCCACGGACUGGCGAUCUGGGGCGAUCAGAAUCUCAGCGCGUGGGGCACGGAGCGCGGCCGAGGCCGCACGCGAGGCGGCCGGAAGUCGUGAUCGACGGAGAGAGCUACCGCCCGAAUGUCGGGAUAUGUUUGUUGAAUAGUGAUAACAAGGUCUUCCUCGGGCGGAGGGUGACGAGUCGGUCGCAGUUCUUGCUACAGAUGCCCCAGGGCGGCAUGGACGCGGGCGAGGAGCCCCUGCAGGCGGCGUUCCGGGAGCUGCAGGAGGAGACGGGCAUCACGUCGGUGGAGACGGUGGCGACCAUCCCGCGGUGGCUGGUGUACGACUUCCCCGACGAGCUGCGCGCGGCCAUGAGCUCGUCGUGGCGCAACUACCGGGGGCAGGCGCAGCAGUGGUUCUUGAUGCGCUUCACAGGUGACGACUCGGAAAUAUGUCUCGAACAGCCAGGCCACAAGCGGGAGUUCGCGAACUACACCUGGGCGGACCUGCAGUCGGCCCCGCGAACCUGCGUGCCCUUCAAGCGGCACGUGUACGAGGAGGUCGUCAGGGAGUUCGCGCCGAUCGUGCAGGGAGGCGCCAUGCCCUCGGGGGUGGUGUCGCUGGACGAGGGGAGCUAG